AUGACCGAGAAAAGGAGCGAGUUCUCAGCGGCCGAGCUUGCAACGCUCUCCAGUAGGAGCAACCUCCACUUGCUCAUCUCGGGGAAAGUCUAUGAUGUCCACGAAUUUCUUCACGAGCACCCUGGAGGCGAUCUAGUUCUACUUGGAGAGGGCGGCAAAGACGCAACCAAAGCGUUCGAGGACAUUCAACACACCGAUGAUGCCAAAGAAUUGAUGGCAGAGCUUCUCGUCGGCUAUCACACAGGAGAGCGGAUGACAACUCAGGAACCCAAGCAGACUCAGAUUAAGCGGAAGACCGCGAUCAUAUUCCAAUUAAAAUGCUUCUAG